AGAAUCAAAAGAAACAACCACUCUCCUCUUAAUCUUUGAACAAGACGAGACGAGAACACACUGAACGACAAAAGAAACAUAUCAAACAACAGUCCAACCUGAUUCAACUGCUUGUAUCCAACACAGGCGUUCAUCAUGGCUGCCACUGCUUCAUACAGCGCGGGACCUCUCCCCCGCAACGAGCCCUACAUCAUUGGCGCUCCCACAACCUUGUACGGCACCGAGGGAGGCUCCAGGAUCCAGUUUCGUGAGCCCUCUGAGGGAGCUGGUACGGCCUCGUCCAGCGUUGAAAGCCCAAGAGGGUCUCGGGACCCCUACGUCCUGGCUCCUGCCACAACUUCAUCGAAUGCUGAGGCUUCGAACGUUGAGGCUUCAAGGGUUCAAUCUCGUGGAUCCACCGCAGAUGCUGCUACCAUGACCCCACGAAUUAGCGGCGUUAGUGAGGGUAGUCGUAGUCCGAGAAUCCAAUUCCGGGAGCCCUUCAACCGCGUUUAUGACCCAAGCAUCGCCUCCAACGAAGUCUUCUUCGACGAGGACCCGUACGAAGACUGGACAAAGACCACACACGAGCGAGACAGCUGGGCGAACCGUGAGCGGCGCCGCUCGUCGCAGUGGCAGAAGAUCGACCAAUACCCGUCCGUGCAAAAGACAAGUCCGACGGACUCGCGCAGCCGUAGCCGUGGCUCGCGCCGCGGGAGCAUCCUGAGCAUGUUCAACCACGGCUUAGACAAGGAAGGCCGCGACAUGCUGUACUCGGGGGACGACCAUGAGGACCAUGCUCACGAUCUCAGGCGGUCGGUGACCAACUCCUCGGGUGGCUCGCGCUCGCGUGAGUCGCGUCGCAGGCGGAGAAGAGGGAGUAUUCUGAGCUUGUUUGAGGCAGGGAAGGAUAAGGAAGGACACGAUGUGAUCCAUUCGGGCUUCGACAGUGAAGAAGAGGGUGAGAACGAGAAGAACUGCCGGGAAUGAGAGAACCUGAAAGGAGAGGGCCCGGAGCAAAGACAGGGGCUGGAUUGGCAGAGACAAUUGACGAGAGUAUUAGAGAGAGGAGACUGUCCCAAUCGGUAGCGGGCCAAAGGGCAGGCCAAAUUCUGCUGUCAGAUAACAUUCCGGCUAGGACAUAGGACAGGGACAGUGAAGUACUUGGCGGGAGGUGCUUUUUGGUGCUUUUUGGUACUCCUUGGUACUUUUUUGGUACAUGUUGGUACCGGAACGGGUGGGAAUUUGAAAGAUACCUUAGACGAGUAUGCGACGGGGAGUUUGAUUCUUGGUGUAAUUUCGUUUUAGAUAGGUGGAGGAGCGAAUCCAGCCAUCGCCACUUAAUCGAAUUUUGUCUUUUCACCUCAACCACAUGUGACUUCACUGUGAAGAUGUUGUUGUCUGACAUUGCAGCCUUGCUUUUACACCUCAACCACA